AUGUCGUCCCCUCUUUCCGCUGAGGAAGAUGAUAUCUUCCACCGGCUCCAGCAGCGUGCGGACCAGAAGGUGAUGGAGGAACGGCAGCAGGCUAUGAAUGAGAGGAUUCAUGCAAUCUAUCAUAAGGCGCAGUCCCGUUUGGCAGAGCUGAUCGACCAAAACUCGACCUUGCCAUGUACUAUCUCCUCGAUCCAGGUCCUGGGAGCUCCUCAUACUCGUCAUAGCUUCCUGCAACGGAUAUUUGAUCCAUUGCUGAGCGUCAACCAAGACAAGCCCUACACUCUCGCGGAUGCCCUGCGCGAGGUCUCAGCCCGCGCAGACAAGCUGAACAGAUUUGACAUCUUCCAUCAGCCAGUUUCUGUCUUCCUGGAUAAGCCCAAUGAUCCUUCGAGUUCGCCCACUGACGUCGAUGUUUAUUUGUCUGUCAGAGAGAAGUCUCGGGUCCUCCUGAAGACGGGAACCGAUCUGGGGAAUGCUGAAGGUUCUGCGUAUGGUAACCUCCUGUGGCGAAACAUCUUCGGCGGUGCAGAAAGUCUCAAUCUGAAUGCAUCUUUGGGAACACGGACACGAUCUGCGUACCAGGCUGCCUUUGAGACCCCGAUCCUCGCUGACCCGGACUUCCGCUGGGAAAUUGGCGGUAUCGCGAGCGCAACACAGAAGAGCUGGGCUAGCCAUGAGGAAGUUCUGAGAGGAGGAUGGACGAAGCUUCGUUGGCUGUCGCCAUCAGGUCAUCGUCAUGAGUUUGGCUACAACGGCUUCUGGAGACAACUCACUGGAUUGGCAGACAAGGCGUCUCCAACCGUGCGUGCAGAUGCUGGUGAUAGCGUGAAGAGCAGCAUCUCCCAUGUUUGGGUCAACGACCGGAGAGAUAACCCUCUUCUUCCGUCCCGCGGCUACUAUGCCAGGACUCUAAACGAACUUGCCGGCUGGGGUCCAUUGAAGGGAGACGUCUCCUUCUGGAAGUCCGAAAUCGAAACCCAGGGAGCCGUCCCCAUUCCCAUCCCCGGUAUUAAAGGAGACAGUGGGAUUAGUUUCACGACUGGAUUCCGUGCUGGUUUGAUUUACCCCCUGGGCCUUGAUUCCGACGCUCGUCCCCAGCUGUCCCGUAUCAACGAUCGCUUCGUCCUCGGAGGCCCCACUGACGUCCGUGGAUUCCGCCUUGCUGGCCUUGGCCCGCACGAAGGUCCUGAUGCCCUCGGAGGUGAUGUCUACGCUGCGGGAAGUGCCAACCUCCUGCUUCCUCUUCCCCGUGUGGGUGCGGACAAACCCUUCCGUCUGCAAGCCUUUGUGAACGGUGGUCGACUACUACCUCUGCGCACCUCCCAGAAGGACGCUCCCACGAACAAUGCAGAGGUGAAGGAUGCAGUGAUCUCUACUCUUUCGGAGCUUCAGAAUGGACUCCCCAGCGUGGCGGCCGGCUUUGGACUUGUGUAUGCGCAUCCCGUCGCCAGGUUCGAACUGAACUUCUCUCUACCUCUGGUGCUGCGCAAAGGCGAGGAGGGCCGGAAGGGCCUGCAGCUUGGCAUUGGCAUCAAUUUCCUUAUCCGACUUUCCACCCCCCGGCCGCAAAUGGCCCAAUACUACCCCCAACAACAGCCCUACGGGGCUCAGUCCGCGCAGAACCUCCAGUUCUUCCCUUCAUCGUAUUCCUCUGUGUCUGGACAUACCACGCCCUCUCAAGCCUCAUAUGGCGGCUACAGCAUGCCGGCUACGGGCCCCCAGGCCGCGUCGGCAUACCCCGUCGGCGGCGGAGGCGCAUACGGGGGCUUUGGAUCUCCUGCUGCAGGCGUCAGUGGCAGGAUGGGUGAGCAGGGAGGAUUAAGGACAGGAUGGCUUGCUGCGUUCGGGACGGAAGGGUACGACGGCGAGCCACCGCUGCUGGAGGAGUUGGGGGUAAAUUUCGAGCAUAUCAGGACGAAGACAUUGACCGUCCUGAAUCCCUUUGCUCACAUCGACCAGCACCUCAUGGACGACAGCGACCUGUACGGUGCGAUCCUCUAUAUCCUCCUCUACGGAACAUUCCUUCUUCUCUCCGGAAAAGUGUUCUACGGCUACAUCUACGGCGUCGCUGUAUUCGGCGCAUUCGCUCUCCAUCUCAUCCUCAGUCUCAUGUCCCCGACGCUCGACUCCGUCAACUCUCCCGUCCCCAACGCCGCAGACCCCGAUACCUACAACCCACACCAGAAGCCCAACAACGUCGGCCACUUCUCGUCAACCCUAACCUUCCCCCGCUCCGCCAGCGUGUUGGGCUACUGCUUCCUCCCGCUCGUCCUGACCAGUCUGAUCGGCAUCUUGCUCCCCAUGGACACCAUGUUCGGCUACCUCCUCACCGUCGCCGCAGUCGGGUGGUGCACGUACAGCAGCUCAGGCAUGUUCUGCGCCGUGGGCCGCAUGCGCGGAAUGAGAGGUCUAGUCGCCUAUCCUCUUGCACUAUUCUAUUUCGUUUUUGGAAUCAUGGGUAUCUUCUCCUCGAGGGGUAGCGGUACUCUAGCGGCCAAGACAAGGACGGCGUGA